AUGGAGGCAUAUCCUGUGUCGCGCCACCCGCUGCACCCCCGCUUGCACUCUGGAACCACCUUACGCGCCCCCCCCUCCAACCACCAAUGGCGGCCCUUAGUUCCGCCGUCUCGCUAUCAGCUUCUCCGUUGUUCUAUAUCGCUACGGCUGUCGCGGCUACCCGGUCGGCAGAGCGGGAGCGUCCCGCGGAGCCGCAGUCACUCCAGCCGGUUCGUCGCCGCCGCGAGCGGCGAAGAACCGAAUGGAAUUGUUGCGAACGAUGCAGAUAAUAUUGGGGAUAAGAGUGCAGGGGGGAGUGAGAAGGCAGAGAGCGCGGAGCUGGCGGGCAUCCUGGCGCGCGUUCACGAGGAGAUGGCGGAAGCCACCCGCGCCCAGGCGGACGGGCGCGCGUCGGUCCUGCGGAGCAUGGGGCGCGAGGGCGACGGGGAGAGCGCAGCGGGCGAGCAGCUUCUGCUGGAGCUGCUGCAGGCGGAGGAGCAACGGCGCAUGCGCGCGCCGGGGGACGCGGAGGAGUCGGAGGAGGAGGCGGGGUUUUGGGAAGGAAGCGACGGCGCGCAAGGUGGAAAGGAGUACAGGCUGCCCCCCUCCUUCUCCGCACUUGCCACUGGCUCGCCCGCGGUCCUCCCCGCCGCUUCUGCAGCGCCUGCUGCCGCUGGCGGCGAUGGGGGGAGUGAUGAGAGCAGGGGCGCGCGGAUCGAGGGGGGAGGCGAGGGCGCGGGUCAGCGCGAGACGCGGCAGGAGCAGGGGGAGGGGGCGGGUGGCGAGGAAGGGGGCGGAGGGGUGGGGGAGGGGGAGAAGGAGGUGCCGGAGGGGUCAGUGGUACGGGAGCAGCUGGGCGGGCGCCCAGAGCUGUGGCGCGGCGUGCACGUGGCUGGGGCAACGUGGGCGGGCGCGGGCGCGGGGGUAGCGCAAGGGGAGGGGGAUGGGCUAAGGCGAGGGGAGAGACCGGGGGAAGGAGGAGGGGGAGGGGCCGCGGCAGGGCAGAGCGGAGGGGGGGAGGCAGGGGCGGGCAGCGGGACGUACCUGCAGGCGCGCGAGCUGCUGUCGAAUAUGGCCAGGAGCAUGGAGCAGCUGGAGAGCGGGCUCUCCGCCCGCCACAAGGAGAUGGGCGAGUCCACGCAGUUCAUCUCGGGCAUCCGCUCCAGCGACCCCGCUGCCGGCCAGGGCGCAGUGGUGCGGAGAGCGGAGGAGAUGGUGGCGCGCAUGCAGGUGCAGUUCGCGGCCAUGGAGAAGGAGGCGGCCCACAAGGACACCGUGCUUGACCGCCUGCUCGCGCACGCCAAGUCCACCAAGCAGCAAAUGAGGGCGGUGGAGGAGCGGUCGCGAGUGGAGAAGGACGCGUUGAGGCGGGAGAUGACGGAGCAGCAGCAGCGCAUGCAGAAGGAGCUGGAGACAGCGGCGGGGCGGGAGGAGCGGAUGAGGCGGCAGCUGAUGGAGGCGCAGGAGGGCAUCGCGCACCGGGACGCCUUCCUGCAGCAGCUGCAGGAGGAGGCCGCCCUCUCCGCCUCCGCGCUCAAACAGGCCGCCAGGGCGAUGGUGGCGGCGCGGGACCGCACGUUGAGGAUAGAGGAGCAGCUCGAGUCGAUGGGAGACCAGCUGGCCAAGGAGCGCGCCAAGACCCGCCGCGAGCGCGAAAACACUGCUCGUGUUACCGCCGAGCUGGCGGAGGCGCGCAUGGCGGCGGAGGAGAUGGCGGGGCGGGUGGGGCGGCUGGAGAGCGAGGUGCAGCGCAAGGAGCGUGAGAUGCAGCAAAGCCGCCACGAGGCGGACGCUGUCAGGGCGCAGCUUAAAGCCACCCAGCAGGCGUUGGAGGAGGCAGCGCGGCAGGCGAGGGAGGCGCAGGCAGGGAGGCAGCAGGCGGAGGCAGCGGCAGAGGAGGAGCGGGCGGCGGCAGCAGCGGCGGUGGAGGGGCAGCAGAGUGCAGAGCAGCGCCUGAGGGAGGCGCAGGCGCGGGUGGAGCUGCUGCAGGGCGAGGUGGUGUCGCUCAAGGAGGUGGCUUUGAGCAAGGACUCGCUGCUGGCGGCGGUGAAGGAGGAGACGAUGCGCAACGCGGACAUGCUGCUUGCUGCUGCCAACACUCGCAAGGAGUUGGCGGGGGCGGAGGCGCGGGUAGCAGCGCUGCAAGGGUCGGUGGCGGCACUGGAGGCGGAGGUGAGGCAACAGGACCAGCUGCUCAACGACAUCCGCGCCGAUGCUGUCUCCAGUGCUGAUGCCCUGCGCACCGCUGCUCAGAUCAACCAGGACCUGAAUGCAGCGAGGGAGCGCGAGGCGGAGCUGUUGGAGCAGCUGGAGCAGCGCGAGGCGGAGGUGGAGAGUCUGCGCCGCGACACCUCCGAGAACAUCCGCGCGCAGCGAGCUGAGCUCGCGCUGCGGGAGGCGGAGAGGCGGGCGCGCGAGCUGGAGAUGGAGAGGGAGUCACUGCGGCGGGGCGUGGCGAAGCGCGACCAGGCGCUGGGGCUCAUGAAGAGGGAGCUCGAGCGCAGCGCGCACAUGCUCUCCGCCGCUGCUGACACCCGCCAGGCGCUGCGGAGCAUGAAGGAGCAGAUGGAGUGGAUGCAGGAGGAGGCGCGCGUCAAGGAGGAGCGCCUGGCAGCGCUGCAGGAGGAGUUUGUCUCCGCGCUCAAGGGCACCACCUUCCCAUCGCUGGACAAGAGCAUUCUAAAGCGAAGAAAGGUGCCGCCACAAGGGAAGUCGUCUGGAGAUGCGCAACCCCAAUCACCUGCCUGA